AUGCCUCAGGUCAUUGGUAAAGAAGUCGGGCCCAUUGGGUACGGCCUCAUGGGCUUCACCUGGCGCCCUGAACCUACGCCCAUCGACCAGGCCAUCGAGGCACUCAAAGCAGCUUUGGAGAGCGGCCUCACUCUGUGGAACGGUGCUGAGUUCUAUGGCACUCCUGAUUGCAACUCCAUGACCUUGGCCAAGGCGUACUUCACCAAAUAUCCCGAGGACGCCGAUAAAGUGACGCUGGUUAUCAAGGGCGGCAUGGAUCUCACUACGCACAAACAGGAUGGCACCCCCGAGGGCACUCGCCGCAGUCUGGAUAACAUCAUCAAGCAGCUCGGCGGAACCAAGAAGCUCGAUGGGUUUGCUCCUUCAAGACGCGACCCCAGCACGCCGCUAGAAGUUACCUAUGGCGUCAUCCAGAAGGAGUACAUCGAGACUGGAAAAUUGGGUGCCGUCUACUUAUCGGAGUGUAGCGCCGAGACUGUUCACGAAGCAGCCAAGUUCGCCAAGAUUGGCGCUGCUGAGGUUGAACUGAGCAUGUUCUCCCCUGACAUUCUUACCAACGGUGUUGCUGAAGCCUGUGCUCAGCAUGGCAUCCCCAUCUUGGCCUACUCGCCAAUGGGCAGAGGAAUGCUCACUGGUAGAUUCAAGAGUGUUGAGGAUAUGCAGGAUCGCGGAAUCAUAUCCAGUUUUCCACGAUUCCAGUCUGGCGCGUUUGAACACAAUCUCAAGCUUGUUGGCCAGGUCGAGGAGAUUGCAAAGGUAAAGGGAUGCACGCCCGGUCAGUUGGCCAUCGCGUGGGUGCGCAAACACAGCAACCGCCCUGGACUUCCUACCAUUAUUCCUAUCCCUGGAGCUACCGCAGCCUCAAGAGUCAGGGAGAAUGCGAAGCUGGUGGACAUUACCGAUGAAGAAUUCACUAGGAUCAGUGACAUGGUUAAGAACUUUGAGACGGCGGGCAAGAGAUAUCCGAAUUCUGUCCCUACCAACACCUGA